AUGGGGGGCACCAGCUGUGGGGUCACGCCGGCGCUGUCGCCCCACUCCGGGGACACCAGCACUGCUCCGGGGGGUUCUGGGGACGCGCUGGCUGCUUGCCCCGUGCCCUCCACGUCCCCAGUGCCACCCGGCACCUCCACACCACCCCCCGCCUGCCUCAAGACGCGAGCGGCGCGGGUGCGCGCGGGCAAGGGCGACAAGCUGGUGACCUACGAGCGGGCACACCCGCCCCACUACAUCGGCCACCGCAAGGGCUGGCUGUCCCUGCACACCGGGAACCUGUGUGGCGAGCGGGGCGCGGCGCAGCGGGCACUGGAGGACGCGUUCCUGCGGCGCUUCCUGUACGGGACCUUCCCGGGGCUGCUGUGCCCCUUGCCCCCGUGCCCCACGGGGCCGUGUCCCUGUGUCCCCCACACAGCCCCAUGA